AUGGACCUCCGACAAGCAAGCGAUAUCCACACGAUACUUAGACAGGGUGUGGACAGUGAUAGCUUGGCUUACAACCAACGAAAACCACAUAAAGCGGUAACGGAUUCAUCAGAAAUUACGAUAAGUACACGUUUGUUGUCAGCUGAGUUAUGUUGUCCAAUUUGUCUCGAUUUAUUGACAGUAACGAUGGCCACAAAGGAAUGCCUUCAUCGAUUCUGUUGUGAAUGCAUAACAACAGCCCUAUUGCGAGGCAAUAAAGAAUGUCCGACUUGUCGAAAAAAACUGGUUUCAAAACGGUCUUUGAGACCAGAUCCCAAUUUAGAUGCGCUUAUAAAUAAGAUUUGGCCGGAUCGUCAAGCUUAUGAUUUAAUGCAACAAAAGGCGAUGGAUAUGUUUCAUCAGCAGUGUAAUGUUGGUGCUCUCCAGCAAGGAAUUCAGGCUGGUUUGAGAGCACAGGCUGUCAAUCGUCGUAGACGAAUUCAAGGAUCACAUACAAGGAAAAAGGUUCGUUUACGGGCUGGUCAUCAAGAUCGCUCUAAUAACAGUUCUCCUGAAACAAAUUCAAAUGGAAGUGGUGAAGAAGCGGAGAUGGAAAUUGAUGAUGAAAGUGAUCGAUUAGAAGAAGUUAGUGCUGAUGGACAAGGUGCCCCAAGUGCUUGCGAUACGCUGAGUGAUUGUGCUGAAGGAAGGAAUUCUAAUAUCAAACUUUCCGCCUAUGCGCCAAGUCAUGAAAUUGAAGGUUCGGAGCAAUUUGUUUAUUAUAGUGUGCCAUCGGUAUCGACUGGAUCUUAUCGUUCGGGUCGAAACAAUGAAGAUCAUCGUCAGUCAUGUAUAUCACCCGUUAACGUCUUUACCCUUAAGGACCGUAUGCAGAAAUGGCUAGAAGAGAACCCGUCUUCUCCAUCAACUCCUGAUGAUAAUGUAGCCUUUCAUUUGAGGAGAAAGGGUGAUGACGAUACUUUGAUGAUGGAAUUGGAUGAUACAUUGUUUUAUAAUGAGAAGAUGGAUUUUGAAGUUGAACUUAUUCCAAUGAAAUCUAUUUUUGAGCGAAUAAAUAUUCCACAUUUUUUAUUGAACCAUCAUUAUAUCAGAUCAAAGGGAGAUACAACAUUGAAUCACAUUGGGGAAUAUUUGUACCAAAUGUGGAGUGAAGAAUUACGGGAUUUUGAAGAAAAAUCGAAGAUGCAUCAACGCAAAGCUCUGGAUUCAUGUCACUCAUCUUCAUUAUCGAAUCAUUCGCAUCCAGCAUAUUGCGUUCAGCACCCAUCUCAAUUUUAUAUUCUCAAUAGUGCUGAUAGUCGUUUAAUCAAAAUAUCUUCUAACCAAACUUUACUGGAAGCAUCUCGAGUGCAGAAGGGUGGCUGUCAUUUAAUGUUAUAUUUCGAUGUCGAUGCAUUUUGUUAG